CCGUAGUGGCGGUUCCUUACCGCAGCCACGGAUGUUCAAACUUUAUCUAUAUGACAAAGUUUAGUUGCAGAUAAAAGGGCACAUUUGUUUAACGAUAGUGGGUAUAUUGAGAACUAUAUACCAGCAUAUCGUUUACAUUUUCUACACUUGUAUAGUCCAUAACAAGGCUGCUGGGAUGGAGGACGUCACGCGGCUGGUGUCGUCCGGUGACUGUCUGAAGAUCUGGGACUCGAGCUCCAUGACGGUGGUGGAGCAGUUUAAUCCUCACAGUGCCACACAUCCAGUGGCUCAAGUGUGCUGGAGCAGCAGCAAUCAGUAUGUGGUCAGUGCCAGCAGUAUAGGAGACAAACUGGUGGUGUCCAGUCUCAAGUCCUCUCCUGUUCCAGUCAUGGAGCUCGGAGAAGGGAAAAAGCAAACCCGUGUCAGUCUGAACUCCACGUCACAGUUCCUGGUCAGUGGUGGACUGGAUAACACUGUUAAUAUCUGGGACCUCAAGACAAAACGACUGCACCGAAGCCUUAAGGAUCACAAGGAGGAGGUGACGUGUGUGUCUUUUAAUGGUGGAGACAGCUACAUCGCAUCAGGCUCCACUAGCGGAGAAAUCAUCCUCCACAGCAUCACAACCAACCUGUCCAGCAAACCUUUCGGCCACGGGCCAAAUGUGCCUGUUCAUGAUCUGAGGUACUCCCUGGUGAAACGCUCUCUGCUGGGCACGGUGUCUGACAGUGGAUCUGUGGCCCUCUGGGAUGCCAACACUCAGAAGGAGCUGCACUUGUUUGAGGGGGCGCACAAAGCCCCCUGUUCAGGGCUGGCCUUCUCCCCAGCCAAUGAUUUACUCUUCGUUACUGUAGGCCUGGACAAGAAGAUCGUCUGCUAUGACACCUCCAGCAAAAUAGUGUUCCGUAAUAAGCAGGUGGAGUCUCCGCUCACAGCUAUUGAUUUUACUCCUGAUGGAGCUGGACUGGUCGUGGGCUCAACGCAGGGCCGAAUCUACCUGUAUGACCUGAGAAACCUCAGUGCACCGGUCAAAAUCAACACUGCUCACAAGACCUCAGUGACCUGCAUUCGCUUCCAGAACUCCACCUCCAAGUUAAAGUCCACCAAAUCAUCCAGCAAAUCUUCUCAAUCAAAUAAAAGGAUCUCAGUCAAGCUGGGCAGCAGUCAGCAGACGGGACCCUCCACCCCAACAUCUACUGUCCCUCCAAUUGUUUCCGGAUCUGAAUUUCCUGGAGACGGUCAAGCCCAAGUCACAGGUCCGUCUGCUGAGGUGUUUUCUCGAGAGGCAGAGGUUCAGCUCAGUCAAGAUCAGAUGCCCAAUGUUGAGAAAUUCAGCAGCAUCGGACGAAAUAGUUUAAACCUGGACAUUUUCUCCCCUCUUAAUGAUGGUUUUAAAUCACAUGGCUUUGCUGAUACUUCAAGAAAUGGCGGCAGUAUAGAUGUUUUCUCAAGGGAAGCAGAAGGACAGCAGACCGCUGACCGCAUCAGAGUCGGCAGAAACAGCCUGGACAUCUUUUCACCUGUACGAGAAGAUUACAAAGGGCACAGACUGAGUGAUGUAUCAAGUGGAAAGAAAGAAUUUGAAUAUCUACCUCAUUUCCCCGGCGGCUCAUCCCAGAGGAAGACUCCAUUGGGCACUCCUGCCAGCCGCUGCUACAGUCCAUCUGUGGUGCAGACUCCACCAAUCAAAGAAGAGGAGUCCACCACUACCCCUCCACACCAGACUGAUGUCCAGAAUGGCACCAAGGUGGAGAAGAGUAACGGUGUGCGGCAGGAGUAUGAUGCCAUCACCACACCGCCUGCAGCUCAGAGCACGCGAAUUCAGUCCGUUCAGCCUCAGUUCAACACACCGGAGCCCUGUCAGAGGAGAGAUCUGUCCACACAGCUCACAUAUGACUCCCCCGUCAGCAGAGCUCCUGCUCCUCCUCCCCCCGCUGCUGCUGCUGCUGCUGCUGCUCCAGCCGCAGCAGUGGAUUCUGCUCCACUCACUUCUGUUCAGAUGAACUUUGUCCGUAAUAUGAUCCAUGAGGCAUUGGAGGACUUCAGAGACACGUGUCAUCGAGACAUCAUCAAUCUACAGGUGGAGAUGGUUCGCCAGUUCUACAUCCAGCUGAAUGAAAUCCACGGUCUGAUCGAGAAAUACUCUGUCAACGACUCACUCGUCGAAGAAAUUGAAAGACUGAAAGAGGAAAACAAACGACUACGAGCCAAUUAUUAAAGCAAGCUCGUGUGUCUGCCAGUGCCUUCACUCUGUUUGUCAUAUCAGCACACUUUUAUAUUCGCUUCAGCUCAUCAAGAGUGUUUUUGUAGGAUUUCUAUGCCAUAAAAACAGAUGGAAAUGAACUCAGUUUGUUUUUCUCUCCAAGGUGUGCGUUUAUACAGCCUGACUAGUUUACUGAAAAAAUACAGGUAUUGGCACUUAGGAUGCGAGUAGAGUGAAUAGACAUCUCAGCGUGGAUUUUGCGACCUAUUUUUGCCUCACAUAAUUUUUGAAAACCGCAUGCCAAAAAUGAAAGGACACUGGUAAACGUAGAUAUGUAUGUAUUUUCGCUGCAUAAGUAUGUGUGUAGGUCAGAGGUGCUCAACCCUGUUCCUGGAGAUCUGCCUUCCUGCAGAGUUCAGCUACAACCCUGAUCUGCCCUGAACACAGCUAAACUAAUUCAUUAGGACCUGAAGAGAACAAGAUAAUUACAGGCAGGUGUGUUUGAUAUGGGUUGCAACUGAAAUCUGCAGGAAGGUAGAUCUCCAGGAACAGGGUUGGUCACCCCUGCUGUAGUUUCUAUGACUGCAAGUGCUUUAAUACAUGACAUUUAGUUCAAAUCAGUUUUAUACAAUCUUGAAAUGACUAACUCCAAACUAUUGUCCUAUACACUGUGCUAUUAAUCCACAUUUGUAAGACGUCUUCCUAUGGACUGGCCUAAAUAAAUUAUUUCUGCAUAUUUGUGUUUUCAUAA